CACAAAUAAUAAAAUUCAUAUGAAACAAAUUUAACGUCAGCAUGAGUCUUAUACCAGAUGCUCCUAUUCAUGAAACAUCAUACUUUUGGAGCUGUCUCACUUUACAAGAUGAUUGCCCAUUCUUUUCAUCUGCUGAUCCAAACUUGUACUACUUUGCUAUCACGCUGGUGUGCCUUUACAUAGGGUUUGUGCUAAUGAUUCUUGCUGACUUAAAAUUUUACUGGUCUGUGGAUCAUUUCCAACGACAAAUUGAUUAUUACGUAAAUCUGGUGCGAAAAAAAGUAAGGCAUGUCCAGUUGGAUCAAAGAAGAUUGAUGUCGACACAAGAGAGGACUGAGAAGCAGUUGAAGAGAAGUGAGGAAUGCAGGCACAUGGUGACCGGCAUCAGAGGAGCUCUGGCCACCGAUGAUCCGCAGCAACUAAAUGCUUUAACAACCUAUUUCGUUGACACAAGACCUCCCAGCAGGAGUACCUGGAACGCAACGAGACGAUGUCCUCAGACAGAUUCAACCGAUUGGUUCUCCUAAACUUGUUUGUGAGAUAAAAUUAUAUACUAAAAACUAGCUUCGGAAAUGAAACAAUUAAGAAGAAGCUAAGCUGCGAGAUUGCAUCAAACAAACUUCUUGUUUCUCCUACAGCAAACUAUCUUCAUUACGCUGCAUUCGUGUAUCUGCUAUCUAAAUCGUAUGGUAACAUUGUUUUGUGACCACAUUCGCGUUGCACAUAUCCCAAACUAGAUUUUGUCCUAUUCAGCAAAACACUUGGCUCUGUUCCAAUGGCUUCCUUUACCAUUCUA